UCAUAUCAGAUUGGAAAAAAAGUUACUCUGCUGCAUAGUGCUUACAUAGGUAUACCCUUCAUAAGCCGAUGACGAUMAACUGUAAAGGCUAUCCGAUGGUCAAAUCGCUUCGAUAGGCGACGGCGAUGAUAAAAAUUAAUAAAUAUUAUCGUCACUAUCAAUUUAUACAAUAACUCGGCAAGCAGAGCCUUGGCCUUCGGUCGAACCACCGCAGCCGCCGCCAAAGACAGCGGGCCCGACACGUCCGCGUCAAUGCCACUGGCGCGUAGAAAUGUUUACGAAAAUGACGAAAAAACCAAAAACAAAAACGCAUAUCACAAUGUAUAAUAAUAAUAUGCAUGGACGCGUGAUACGAGAACGAAAUAAAAACAACACAACGCCGAUAUAUUGUUAUAAGUACGAAAUGCUGGCACGUAUGUCACGAUAGUGUAGCGUAUAUAAAUAUAACUACAUAAAAAUAUAUAUAAUUGACGGUAACAGGUCCGACAGCGAUCAUAUGAUUAUMUGCAAAUGGUCUGCUGGUCUUUGCGAUAGAGUGUACAACGAUAUAGUAUAGUUAAACGUGGUCUCCUGCACAAUAUACCUUCAUCGCUGUAAGAGCAUCCCACUGCAGCGGUUACCGCACAGUACCACACAAUAUAAGAGAUUGAAGUCGAUUAUUCGUGACGACUUGUUUAUAUUGCACCGCGUAUAUACCCGGUAUCUGGUCGGCCCACAAUGUCCGGUUUCCGUGCGGUGUCGUUGGUGAUGGCCGCCGUGUCCGUGGUAUUCGGCGACGACCAUCGUGUGGCCGGCUCGGACGCGCCGGCGGACGCGGCCGCGUACUCACUGAGCGGCCAGAACAUCGAGUGGCCGUGCACGUCCACCAAGAGCGUUUACACGGACACCGGACGGUACGUGGCCAAGAACGUGAUCGUCACCAGGGCUCAGGUGUGGGGUGACCGGGCAUUCGUGCUCACGCCCAGGUUCCGGUCUGGUGUGCCGUUCACCGUGUCCACUGUCCGGCUGGAAUGCGAGCACAGGUGCUGGCCAGUGCUGGUGCCAUACCCGUGCUGGGCACUGCACGACGAGGGUGACCCGAACGCCAUACAAAACGCCGUCGACGUGUAUCUGGACCCGACUGGAGUGUUGUGGGUGCUCGACAGCGGGUUGGUCAACACCAUGGAACAGCCAGUCCGCCGCACCCAGCCCAGGAUAUUUGCCAUCGACGUCAAAACCGAUAAGGUAGUCAAGCAAAUCGACUUGUCGGGACUGGUGUGCUCAGCCAGUCGGUUAAACUACAUCACGGCCGACUACGGAGAUGACGGAAGGGUAUUUGUGUACGUGUCGGACGCAGCUACGCGGGCGGUGAUCGUGUGGGAGGUGGCGGCGGACCGCGGAUAUCGGGUGGUGUUGCCGAAGGCGAUCACGCACGACUGCACAGGCCGGCGGGACGUGCUUUAUAUCACUCUGGCGAGGGGUUCGUCUGCGGGGGACGGCGCUCUGUAUCUGACGUAUUUGACCAGCAACCGGAUGUACAAGAUCGACGCGUGCAACCUCCGGCAGGGAUGCUCGGAGGGCACCGUCAUCGACCUGGGCCCUAAGCCCGACAAGUUAGUCAUCCUGGGCACGGAUGGUCGGACUACCGUGUACUUCCGGUAUCGGGGCCAGGGUGACAUUUACGCUUGGGACACGCACCGGUCCGACGAUGGCACGUCGUUCGGAUCCGACCGGUUCGAGUUGGUCCGGAAGGCCGAUGACUGCGGCCGGUUGGCCACGCACGUUGCCCCCGACAACCAAGGCGGCGUCCUCUGGAUACUCGAGAGCAAUUUCCCGGACUACAUUUCCGGUGCGGUCGGCUGUCUGGGCACCAACGUCCGCUUGCAGCCCCUUGUCGCCCAGUGUGGCAAUUAAUACGGAUAUAACAGCUAUGGUGAACGGCUUCCAGACUCCAGUCAUCGCCCAUCCAGGUUUUAAUGUUCCGGUGAAACAUUUCACUGCACAGUGAGUGUSUCAUGCGUUUGUUUCUGUAAGAAAUAACAAACACUUCUAUUAUAGGCAUCAUUAGKCAUUCAUUGUUUUGUCAAAGAAAUGUAUCYACAUAACUGUUAUGAUUUAUACUUUUUAUUUUCUGUUGUUUCUCCAAACUCGAAUAAUUUUAAUUUUCGUAUUUCUUCAAAAUCAGCUAAAAAAAAAGUUGAUUUAUGUCAAUGCUAAAUAUGUCAAGAGUUAAAUUAGCGAUUCCUAUAAAGUGUGUUGAAAUAUAGUAGUAUAAGUCGUUGAGUUUAUUUAAUAUUAAUGGAAGAUAAGCGGUAGACGCCAUCUGUAAAUAUUAUACACAUAUGAUACGGAACAUAUUUGAACUUUGAAGUUUUGUUGAGGUAUUGAUAUCCUUGUAAAUAAUAUAAAUAAAGCACGUGUCGCAUAAUAUCCUUGUAAAUAGCAUAAAUUAGGCACGUGCCGCAUAUUAUAUCAUUAAAUGUUUUAGUAUAGUAUUUAUCA